AUGAGGCAACUAGGGGGACUCGCCGGGAGGACUGAUAUUGCAAGUCUGCUUUCUGUAAGUCGGCUGACAUUGCUGGCGCCGCCUCUUACUGCCAGUGAGAACACCUCACGCCAAGCAAUUAAACGACAGUCAGAAGGAAGGCAUGCAUCACUCUCUCGCAGCAGAUCCAGAAGUCCAAAGAAAGAGAAUGGCUCACAAUGGAACUCUACUCGCCAAAGAAAUGGCAGCCCGCAUCAUCCUCUCAUAGUCGAGACAAGAGUCCCAGCAAGAAAACAUGGCAUAAACCAGUCCUUAAAGACAUUGGCAGGAGCUGCGGAUAAUGUCUUUCUUUUCUUUUUCUCUCUCUCUCUCUCUCUCUUUUGUUGUUGUUCUUCAUUUUAUGACAUCAUGUAA